AAUUUCUGACGUCUAGUAUCAUGUAAUUCAGAUGGGAGCUGCCUUCUUACAUGACUGCUCGUCUCAGCUUGAGUAUUGUUAUAUAUUAGGCAAUCAGGAUAACGCUUUAAGUCAGAUCAGUCGGUAUCCUUGGCAAAAAACGUCGCCCCUUCAGAAAAGCAGGAAAUUGGGUGAAUUGUUUAAUAAGUGGAUCUGCAUCUUCUUUAGAAGACCGCUGAAUUAUUUCUAAACGUUUCGUCAUAAAAGGUUUACAGCGCACAAACUGCCUUUUCCAGCGGAAUGGGACCAUUCCCAGAACACGAGGAGUACCGGGCGCAGGGAAAGGAGAGGCCACGCAGCCGCAUCCCACGGUUGAUCCUUCGUCCUCAGAGCCCCGAUCAGGCAGAAUCGCCGCUGACGGAGUCACCAUUUUCCGAAGAGGAUAACAGACACUGCGACCUCAUCUCCGAUCACUACAAGGGAACAGUUAGCGCCAGCAGUUUCUCUUCAGAUGACACAGGAUGCCCUAGCAGCCAGUUGGCCUCCCCUUCCAAGACCCCCACUGGCUCCGAGAGCAGUCCCCUGGGGUCCCCCUCGCCUAACGAGCGCAAGGGGAAGGUGAGAAGGGCACGGACACACACAAUGGCUGAAUGGAAUGUCCCCCCCAUCAGGCCAAAGAGAGAGCAGAGGCCCUCGGCAGGCCCCAGAGGCAGUGAAGCAGACUUCAGCUCAUCCAGUAGUGCUGGUAGUCUUGGGGCAGGCCGGACAUUGGCCACCAGCUCUGGAGGGAAGAAGAUCUGCUAUCCACGCAGCCGUGGCUCCCAGACCAAGGGUGGCGUCCUACUGAAUAAAACUCUGUUAAGCACCUCCAUGGCUCGGGACAAAGAGCUGGUCUCUGCACUCUACAGGACAUCCCCACGUACACCUCCCUCCAACAGCAGCAGCAGUAACAGCAGUCCUACCACCAGGCGGUCAAGCUCUGGUCGUAUGGCUUGUGUGGAAAGCUAUGGAAUCAAAGCCCCCAAUCCUGAACAGUAUCUGACUCCAUUACAACAGAAGGAAGUUGCCAUCAGGCACCUGAAAAUGAAGCUGAAGGACUCUGAGAGCAAAUUUCAGGAACGGGAGUCUGAGAUCGAGGAGUUAAAGGCGCAGCUGGAACGGAUGCGGGAGGAUUGGAUUGAGGAGGAGUGCCACCGAGUGGAGGCCCAGCUAGCCCUGAAGGAGGCACGUAAGGAGAUCGGGCAGCUCCGCCAGGUGGUGGAGACCAUGAGGAGUAGCUUGACCGAGAAGGACAAGGGCAUUCAGAAGUACUUCACAGACAUCAACAUCCAGAACAGGAAGUUGGAGUCAUUGCUCCAUAGCAUGGAGCUGGCACAGAGUGGUUCCCUGCACGAUGAAUCUGCCUUGGACUUUAUCUGUGACUCCCCUACCGAGUCAAUGACCAAACUGGAGGGUGGACUGGCCCUGGAGGACCAAGCUAUUGAGGAAAUGGCUGACAGUGGUUUAUUGGUAAAUGAUGAGAUGGCAAACCAGACAGACAUUUUUGAACAGGUCUUGACAUCCACUGCAGUUGACCCGGGCAGUGACGCCCACUCAAGGCUGGGGGCAGAGAUGCUGGUCCUGCUGCAUGGUGAGAAGACUCAUACCAGUCUGCCUCCAGACAAAGGCUGGGACAGUCCUAGUGAGAAGGCUGUCCAGACUGAUAUUGCAGGUGCUUGGGAUCUUCAAGACUUCCUCUGUCAUCUAUUGAAAAUGCAUGCGGAGGGAACGCUCCCGGUGUCAGUGCUGAAAGCUGUGGACAUCAGCCCGUUACUGCACUUGGCUACCAGUGGCCAUGCUUCCCCUAUUCUGUUGACUCCUGAGAAAUCCAGUGACUCUGGCAUGUACUCUGAGUUAGCAGAUUUAACACGCUUUGAGGAGCUGCAUGCUAACCGGGCUCAGGCUGUCCCUAAAGACACUGGCAUUUUGGAGGUGACUUCUGAUCCUAUUUCUAACACUGGGCUUGGCCUAUAUGACCAUGGGUCACAUCCACCCUGCUCGCCGGCAAAUGAGCAGCAAUCGGCAGUAGUAGCUCGGAGGUCAUACUGGAGCAGUAGCUUCUUGGUGGACCUUGUUGCGCUUGCUGUACCAGCUUUGCCAACUGUAGCUUGGCUAUAUGCCAUGCACAAGAGGAAGGGUGUGCCAGUGUACAACAUCGGAAUGCUGAUCCGUGGUUGCUGUAUUGUGGGUCUGCAUGCCCUCCGUCAAGUCUCCCCAGGGCCAAAUGCUUAACUGGCUUCACCCACAGGAACAAACUCAAAGAGCACUUCAUAUCUGCUUUGCUGGUUAUUCCGCUUUCUUCACGUUCAUUUGCACUGAGCACAGUUAUUGGCUGAAAGAAAUCCUGAAAGUUUGAGUAAUUUGCACUUUAAGGAAGAUUGCAUGGAAUAUUUGUUUUGGGGGGGGGGGGGGUAGAUGUUGGAAUGGUUGGUUUUUUUGGGGGUAUGUGUGUGGUCAAAUUGUUUGACUAAAUUUUAAAUUCACUAUUUGGUGUUUGUGUUAAGGGAACUUGAUGGUAUCCGAGCUGUUUACCUGUACAUGAAAUGAUGCUCUAGUAUAGUAGACGUACCUGAUCUGUGUAAUAUUUACAUGUUCUACCACAUUAAAGCAUGACUCGUCUCCUAGGCCAUGCAAUCAUUUGAGCUGAAGAUUUCUGGAGCUUAAUGUCCUACCUCCACCAAGUGCUGCAACAAUUAGCCUCUGCUUUCUAUCAGGAAAUUAGAUGUUCUUAUUCUCUAAUUACUAGAAUCUCUGGUGCCUAAAAGCAGCUUAUUAUCCUGCAGUAUCCAGGGCCAAUCUGUUCAGGUCCCUUUACUGGAAGACCUAUGCGACUGGAGUAUAAGCUUGUGAAGUGACCCUUUUCUGAGAACGGCAUAUUAUAAUUUAUUCUGAAAAGCAUGGACUUUACAAAUUUAAUGAUUGCAAUAGGAGGGACUUUUAUUGACCCGAUGUUUGCUGUGCCAAAUUUCUCACCCCAUAUAGUGAGGAGCCGAAUGCUACUUUUAUUCUAAAUCAGGGCUAGUGUGCAGAAUAACUGCAGUAAUUCUAUGUGCGUUGCAGUCAUGUGACUGACGCCAUACUGGCUCAUAAAUACCAUUGCAUAAGCAGAGCAAUGCAGUUUAGUAUCGCGCUGGUCGUCUGAAGAGCAAAGCGGCUGUGAUGGUGCAAAAAGCAGCAAGUGCAACCCUUCUGAGAAGAGCAAAUUUACUGCCUGUGUAUUGCAUAAUCCUAGAGAUAUUCAUGGCUGGAUAUUAAAAAUACCCCAAAUAUUAUGGAUUUACCAAUGUUAAAAAUAAAUCUUGGAAGUGGA